GUGAGCCAAUCAGCGUUUAGUAUAUUGUGAGCUGGAGAGAGAGAUGCAGGAGGGUGGGUAGCGUAGGAAAACGAAAUAGUAAACUCAGAGAAUAAGGUGUAGGAGUGUUGGCGCUGCUCUGAGAGUGUGUGUGUGUGUGGCGCUGCUCUGAGAGUGUGUGUGUGUGGCGGUGCUCUGAGAGUGUGUGCGCCCAGAGCGAGCCACCAUGCCCGUGACAUCACAGCUGUUCCGAGGCUUCCCUCGGGCGAAGCUCUGGGGUUCCUCCCUGUUCCCAUGCCAACGCCAGCUCCCCUGCUGCCCCACCUCCCACCGGCCCACCUUGUCGCAGCCCCACCCCAUAUGGCCGACAGCCAUGCCCGUGCGUGGCUAUAGGAGGAGCCCUGACCUCCACAGCUACAAUCUCACCCCCCCACAGGUCAACUCAAUCCUCAAAGCCAACGAGUACAGCUUCAAGGUUCCGGAGUUUGAUGGUAAGAAUGUGUCGUCGGUGAUGGGGUUCGACAGUAACCAGCUGCCUGCCAACGCACCCAUCGAGGACCGGCGCAGCGCUGCCACCUGUCUGCAGACGCGGGGGAUGCUGCUGGGAGUGUUCGACGGCCAUGCGGGCUGUGCCUGUGCACAGGCGCUGAGUGAGAGGUUGUUCUACUACGUAGCCAUGUCCUUGAUGCCCCAUGAGACCCUGUGUGAGCUGGAGUCGGCAGUAGAGGCUGGCAGACCCCUCAGCCCCAUCCUGCAGUGGCACAAACACCCCAACGACUACUUCACCAGGGAGGCACAGACUAUGUACUUCAACAGCCUCAGAACCUACUGGCAGGAACUCAUAGACCUCAGCAGUCCAGGGGAGAGCCUAGGGCCCAGAGAGGCGUUGCUGAGUGCCUUUAAGAGACUGGACAGUGACCUGUCUCUGGAGGCUCAGGUGGGAGAUGCCAAUUCCUUCCUCCACUACUGGGUUCUGAGAGUGGCCUUCUCUGGAGCGACUGCCUGCAUAGCUCACAUCGAUGGAUCCGACCUGUAUGUAGCGAACACGGGCGACGGCCGGGCGGUGCUGGGGGUCCAGGAGGAGGACGGCUCGUUCAGCGCUCACACGCUCUCCAACGACCACAACGCCCAGAAUGAGAACGAGGUGGCCCGCAUCCAGGAGGAGCACCCGCCCUCUGAGAAGAAGACUGUCGUACGACAGGACCGGUUGUUGGGCCUGCUGAUGCCGUUCCGUGCGUUUGGAGAUGUGAAGUUCAAGUGGAGCAUUGACUUGCAGCGAGGUGUGUUGGAGUCAGGACCAGACCAGCUCCAUGACAACGAACACACCAAGUUCAUCCCCCCCAAUUACCACACCCCUCCCUACCUCACGGCCGAGCCUGAGAUCACACACCACCGCCUCCGACCUCAGGACCGCUUCCUGGUGCUGGGUACAGACGGGCUGUGGGAGACGCUCCACCGACAGGAGGUGGUCCGGAUCGUAGGGGAGUAUCUAACGGGGGUCCACCAGCGCCAGCCCCUCACCGUGGGGGGUUACCAUGUCACCCUGGGACAGAUGCAGGGGCUGCUGGCUGAGAGGAAGGCCCGUGCCUCCUUGGCGUUCCAGGACCAGAACGCUGCCACCCACCUGAUUCGCCACGCAGUGGGCAACAAUGAGUUUGGAGCAGUGGACCACGAGACGCUGUCCAAGAUGCUGUCUCUGCCUGAGGAACUGGCCCGCAUGUACCGUGACGACAUCACCAUCAUCAUCACACAGUUCAACCCACACGUGGUUGGACACCAGCGCCAAGGGGGGGAGUCCUGAGCCAGCUCAGCCUAUCAGAGGGGAAUGUGGACAUGAACAGGAAGUUUACUAUUUAGGAGGAAAAACACUGAUGUGAGGACUGGGUCUUGCUACAGACACAUGGUUAAGCCCUCAUUUUUAUUUUACCAAACGUGCACAAAACAUACUGUUUAUGGACUAACCCUGCAGAGGGAGGACUGUCUACCUUCAGACUCCUUAUUUUAGGGUUGUUAUUGAAGAGGUGCGUGUACAGUAUGUGCACAUGUGAGCACACAGUCCUGGUCAUGUGGAUUGUUCAAAUGCUUGCUGAAACUGAUCACAAGUUGGCUCUUUUGUGGCCUUGUGUGUGUAUGAAGCUUUUAAAGGAUAUUUGAUCAACCUCCCUGCAGCUGCUCUGCUCUGUCACAGUCUGCCCAUAGGAAACUUUCAUUUGUGCCAAAAGAGUUUGCUGCUUUAUAACUAUGUUGUCUGAGCAUUGAGGUAAUGAUACGGUGGCAGCCUUUGUGUUUGUUCAAUCUGGCCUGUCUACUCUACAAACAUCCCUCUUUCAUAUCACAGAUUCUGUGCUGUGCAGUUGCAGCAUCUGUCUUGCUCUAGAGCUGCAACUGGCCUCCAUCCUGGCUCUACCGCAUGGCUCUGCUGUUACGUAGUAGGGCUCUGUCUGUCUGUGUUCUGUCAUUGGAUGGAUCAGUGUCCUUUAUACUUGUUACAGACAGACAGCCAAGAGCUCCCAGGCACACUUCUUGUUAUCUUAUAUUUUGAAUAAUGUUUAUUUAAAAUGUUUUUAAUCUGAUUUCAAACGUUGACUGUUUUGUCAACCUUAGAGAGGAAUAACUGCCUGUGUCUAUAAAGCAGAUUUGAGCAGAUUUUAUUGCUCUGAGACAGACGGCAUCACUAAGAUAGGAACCAGUAGAGCUACGUAGUGUGCAGGCUUUAGAUCCAACACCUCUAUCACAACUACUCACCCAAAGCAAUCAGGUUUGUUAUGCGCUGAGUGUGUCUGAUUCUACAGCAGACUGAAGGAGUGGUGGUAUUCUGUAGAGGAGGGAGAGAGAGGGGUGUGUGAUCAGACGCUUAUUGUUUUAGGGUUGCGGAGUAUACAUGUUUCAAAGGAACAUAGUGGUUGAACCUCUCGUUUUUUUGACAAUUAUACGCUCAUACGGGGGGAUAUGGUAUACUAACGUCAUCAUGCUUACAUGGUGUGUAUUUUAUCAAAAAUGUUUUAAAAAGUAAACUUUUUAGUUUUUAACAGUGAUUCAUUGCUAGCCUGGUGUCAGAUCUCUGUCUGAGGUAACCAUGGAAUUAGAAAUUGAACUGUAACCAUCUCCUGUCAUGUUCAUGCCAAACCUCCAGGAGUGACUGAAACAGAGACAGAAUUAGUCAUUGUUGGUAGGACACUAACCAUGGUGGUGUGGUUCUAGGCUUUUAUAGGUCAAAUGAAGGGUGUGCAUAAUAUGAGGUUGUUUAUCUUAUGGUGGUGUAUAUUUAGGAGAGGAUAGAAUGUAAAACUGAAGGUGGCUCUGUCUGGACGCUGGCUGAAUACUUGAAGGUUAUUUAUGCAACUUUUAAUAUGUCGCAGGUAUUUAUCCACAAUUAUAUGAGAUGUGACAGGUAUGUAUGUACAGUGUCUUUACCUGUUUGGGCUUGAGAUUAAAGUUUUUUUGUAUUUGGAAAAUUUUAAUAAAACACUGACUAUACACAAUGGCUACUACA